UAAAGAAAUGAAGAAUUUGCGUUUUGGGCAUUCAUUAAAGGCUUUAAUUUCCUCAAACUUGGAUUCAGCGUUUGAUAUUUCUUCCAUUGAUCUGAUUAUGAUUUGGUGACGAGGGUGUUGUGUCCCCAAUUUCCCUGGAACACAAAAACAGAGAAAUUUCCUGAUGGCCAUGGCCAUUUCCUUUAUCUUCUUCCUCUCUCUCCUUCUCAUCCCUUUCUCCUCCUCUUCAUCAUCAGACUGUCCACAAAACUUCAUCAUCCACGUCUCCAAAUCUCACAAGCCGUCACUUUUCUCAUCUCACCAUCACUGGUAUUCCUCCAUCCUCCAUUCUCUCCCUCCUUCUCCUCACCCCAUCAAGCUCCUCUACACUUAUCAACUUUCCAUCAAUGGCUUCUCCGCUCGCCUCACUUCUUCUCAGGCUAACAAGCUCAAACAUUUCCCUGGGAUCCUUUCCGUCAUUCCCGAUUAGGCUCGUCAGAUCCACACUACUCGGACACCUCAUUUUUUAGGCCUUUCCGAUGGUGUAGGCCUUUGGCAAAACUCCCAUUACGGUGAUGGUAUUAUAAUCGGUGUUUUGGAUACCGGAAUAUGGCCGGAACGACCCAGUUUUCUGGACUCUGGGCUGCCCCCUGUUCCCAAUACCUGGAAGGGUACCUGUGAGACCGGACCUGACUUCCCUGCUUCAGCUUGUAACCGGAAAAUAAUCGGUGCUAGAGCCUUUUAUAAAGGCUACGAAUCUUACCUUGAAGGCCCCAUUGAUGAAAUGAAAGAAUCUAAGUCUCCCCGAGAUACUGAAGGUCAUGGCACGCAUACUGCUUCCACUGCUGCUGGAUCUAUGGUUUCUAAUGCCAGCCUUUUCGAAUUUGCAUACGGGGAGGCUCGUGGUAUGGCUACAAACGCCAGGAUUGCUGCUUACAAGAUUUGUUGGAAAAUGGGUUGUUUUGAUUCUGAUAUACUCGCAGCUAUGGAUCAAGCUAUUGCAGAUGGAGUCGAUGUGAUCUCUUUAUCUGUGGGAGCUACUGGAUAUGCUCCACAAUACGAUCAUGAUUCCAUAGCCAUUGGGGCAUUUGGUGCAGCUAAUCAUGGUAUCGUUGUCUCAUGUUCUGCUGGGAAUUCUGGUCCUGGUCCAUCCACUGCUGUUAACAUUGCGCCUUGGAUUUUAACAGUUGGUGCUUCCACUAUUGACAGGGAGUUCCCAGCUGAUGUGGUUCUUGGUGAUGGCAGGAUUUUUGGUGGUGUUUCGUUGUACUCUGGUGAACCUUUGGGUGAUUCCAAGCUUCCUUUGGUUUAUGGUGGUGAUUGUGGUGACAGAUAUUGCCAUAUGGGAAGCCUAAAUUCAUCAAAAGUUGGAGGCAAAAUCGUUGUUUGUGAUAGGGGAGGGAAUGCUAGAGUUGAAAAAGGAGGUGCAGUGAAGCUUGCCGGUGGGUUAGGAAUGAUACUAGAAAACACUGCCGACAAUGGUGAAGAACUCAUUUCCGAUGCUCAUCUUAUCCCAGCUACAAUGGUGGGUGAGGCAGCUGGUAAUAAGAUCCUGGAAUACAUUAAAACAACUCAGUUUCCUACAGCUACAAUUUCGUUCCGAGGAACUGUGAUCGGCCCUUCACCACCAGCUCCGAAGGUUGCAGCCUUUUCGAGCCGUGGUCCGAACCAUUUGACCCCGGAGAUUCUCAAACCCGAUGUGAUUGCUCCUGGUGUUAAUAUCUUGGCAGGAUGGACUGGUGCCGCUGCACCAACUGAUUUAGACAUUGAUCCAAGAAGAGUUGAUUUCAACAUAAUUUCAGGCACUUCAAUGUCUUGUCCUCAUGUUAGUGGAUUGGCAGCUCUGCUUAAGAAAGCAUACCCCAAUUGGUCACCUGCUGCCAUAAAAUCUGCUUUGAUGACAACAGCUUACAAUUUAGAUAACUCGGGACACACCAUUAAUGAUCUUGCUACUGGGGAAGAAGCAUCACCAUUUAUUUAUGGAGCUGGCCAUGUGGAUCCCAACAGAGCUCUAAAUCCGGGAUUGGUAUAUGAUACCGAUAGUAGCGACUACAUCGCGUUCCUUUGCUCAAUCGGCUAUGAUUCAAAGAGGAUUGAAGUAUUUGUGAGGGAACCUAAUAGUUCAGAUGUAUGUGCUACAAAAUUGGCCACACCAGGGGAUCUUAAUUAUCCAUCAUUUUCAGUAGUUUUUAAUUCUAAUGAUCAUGUAGUUAAGUACAGGAGGAAGGUAAAGAAUGUUGGGACUUCAGCUGGUGCAGUUUAUGAAGCUAAAGUGAAUGCUCCACCUGGUGUCAAAAUCAGUGUUUCGCCGAGUAAGCUCGAAUUCAGUGCUGUAAACCAAACGUUGAGCUACGAGGUUUCAUUCGCAAGUGACAGUUUGGGGUUGUCUUCCGUUGAGUCACAAGGGUUCGGGUCGAUCGAGUGGAGCGAUGGAGUCCAUCUUGUGAGGAGUCCCAUUGCUGUUAGGUGGAUUCAGGGAGUGCAGGAGGAGUCCUUUUGAUUUUCAGAUUCAAGUGAAGCAAACAAAAUUGUUGCAAAGCGUUUCUCAACCAACAGAUUAAUCAUCUGAUUGCUUGAACAAAAGCAACUUUGUCAUAACAUUUCAUUGUACUUGAUUUUCAUAUGUCAUCAUCAAUGAAGAAGGUUCCUGCUGCUAUUAUGCUGGAAAA